AUGUAUGGGAAGUGUGGCAGCCUGGGUGAUGCGCGGGCGGUGUUCGAGCAAAUCCACGCUCCAAAUGCGUUCUCGUGGAGCAUCAUCAUGACUGCGUACGCGCAGAGUGGCGAUGUUGGGCAGGCGAAGGAGAUCUUCGACCGGAUGCCCGAUCGCGGCGUUGUUGCCUGGACUUCGCUACUAUCAGCAAAUGCCCGUAAUGGGCAUAUGGAAGAAGUUAAAGCUAUCUUCGCGAGAAUGCCAGAGCACAGCUUAGUCGCAUGGAAUGGAAUGAUCGCAGCGUUUGGACAGAAUAUCCAACUUGGAAGAGCGAAAGAAUGUUUUGAUCGGAUGCCUGGAAGGAACGCCUCGUCCUGGAACGCAAUCGUCUCGGUAUUUGCCCUUCACGGGCAAAUCUCCAUAGCGCAGCAAGCCUUCGAGCGGAUGCCGGAGAGGAACUCCAUGGCCUGGAACCCGAUCAUCCACGCGCUAAAUCUACAGGGCGAUGUUUUUACCGCAAGGAUGGUCUUCGAGAGCCUCCCGGAGUGCUGCAAAGUCUCCUCCUCGACGAUGAUCUCGGGCUAUGCGCAGGCCGGGCAUCUCGACCAGGCCAAAGCUCUCUUUGACUCUUUGCCACACCCGGACGAGUACGCUUGCUCCUCGAUGCUCCAGGCCUUCGCCAAGGCCGGGGACGUCCUCGGCGCCAGGGAGACCUUCGACAAGAUGCCAGAGCGCUGCCGCGACACUCCCUCCUGGAACGCGAUGCUGGGGGCGUAUGCGCAAAACGGGCUUGGCGAGCGGGCGCUGGAGCUCUUCGCAGCAAUGAUCCACGACGGGAUCGCUCCCAACGAGAUGACCUUCUCGACAGUGCUGCAUUCUUGCAGCCAUCUCGGAAGGUGGCGAGAGGCGAUUGCAUACUUCCGCUCGCUGAGCGAAGAUCACGGACUGGUGCCCGAUGUGGAGCUCUACUCGAGCAUGAUUGACGUCCUGGGCCGGAACGGGAGGAUUUGCGAGGCCGAGGAGCUUCUGGCGAGCAUGCCCUUUGCUCCAAACCAGGCCGCCUUUGCGUCGCUGCUCGCGGCUUGCCGGCUCUACCAGGACUCGGGGCGGGGAUCGCUCGUCGCGGGGAAGUUUGCUCGCCACCUUUGCGAGCAGCCGGCAGUGGAAUCCAUCGCCGCGGAGCCGUACGUCCAGCUUGCCAACAUUUACAGGGGCAUGAACGCUCCCUGA